UUCUCAGGAGAAAGGACUGUUCAAAGUUUACAACAGAGAGAAAAAGUGAGCAGCUGAAGUGGCAGCUGCUCUUACACUGCAGCCCUCGCUAUGGAUUGUAUAUAUUUAUUCAUGUGCUUUUCACUCAGUCAGCUAUUUUUGGAACAUAUUUUGGCUGCAGAAAAACAAGAAAAACUCUCUGGAAAGUUAAAUGAAUAUGGUCUUAUCGUGCCAUUCAGCACAGACUCCCACGGCCGGUACAUUUCUCACGUGGUCUCUGCUGGAAGUAAAGAUGGUGAUGAUGCUCCUGCCGCCGCUGCCGCCGCCGCCACCGGGAGCAAAAGAAGGGUGGCCCGCGGUGCCCCCGAAAUGCCCUCAGUCACCUCCUCCUCAGCUCAGCACUUGUUUUUUAAUGUCACUGUAUUUGGGAAAGAGCUGCACCUCCGCCUGAGGGCCAACAGGAGGCUCGUGGCCCCAGGGGCUUUUGUGGAAUGGCAGGAGAACUUUGAGGAAAAGGCCAAGGAACAUAUCCACGGGAACUGUGUUUUCACUGGGGACGUGAGCAACAUGCCAGAGGCCUCCGUGGCUAUCAGCAACUGCGACGGACUGGCAGGUCUGAUCCGGACUGAUAAUGGGGAGUUUUUCAUCGAGCCCCUCGAGAAGGGCCAACAGGACGUGGAAGUGAAGGGGCGGGUCCAUGUGGUUUACCGCAGGUCAGCCAUUAAGCGGGAGACAGGCCAGCGGAGGGAGGACCUCCAUAAUGAAGUGGCAGACUUCGGGAUCGCUGACCUCCCUGCGGCUCUGGAUCUCGUCGAACAUAAACUGUCUGAGUCUGAGCGCAAGAGGAGGCACACAAAGAAAGACGACUACAACAUCGAGGUCUUGCUGGCGGUGGACGACUCUGUGGUGCGCUUCCAUGGCAAGGAGCAUGUGCAGAACUAUGUUCUCACACUCAUGAACAUAGUUGAUGAAAUCUACCACGAUGAAUCUUUGGGAACCAACAUCAACAUCGUCCUUGUCCGCAUGAUAAUGGUCGGAUACCGACAGUCGAUUAGCCUGAUCGAGCGCGGCAACCCGUCCCGCAGCCUCGAGCAGGUGUGUCGGUGGGCCAACACGCAGCAGCGCCGCGACCCUGACCACGCCGAAUACCACGACCACUCCAUCUUCCUGACAAGGCAAGAUUUUGGACCUGCAGGUAUGCAAGGUUAUGCUCCAGUGACAGGGAUGUGCCACCCACUGAGGAGCUGCACUCUGAACCAUGAGGAUGGCUUCUCCUCCGCCUUUGUGGUUGCUCAUGAAACCGGCCAUGUGCUGGGUAUGGAGCAUGAUGGCCAGGGGAACCGCUGUGCUGAUGAGACCAGUAUGGGGAGCAUCAUGGCGCCACUUGUCCAAGCAGCUUUCCACCGCUAUCACUGGUCACGCUGCAGCAAACAGGAGCUCAAUCGAUACAUCCACUCAUAUGACUGCUUGCUGGAUGAUCCCUUUGAGCACAAGUGGCCUAAGCUUCCCGAGCUCCCAGGAAUAAAUUAUUCAAUGGAUGAACAGUGCCGUUUUGACUUUGGAGUUGGUUAUAAAAUGUGCACUGCUUUUCGCACUUACGACCCUUGCAAGCAACUGUGGUGCAGUCACCCUGACAACCAGUACUUCUGUAAAACCAAAAAAGGGCCACCAGUGGAUGGAACAGAGUGUGCACCAGGAAAGUGGUGUUUCAAGGGCCAUUGCAUUUGGAGGUCUAGCCAACAGCCUCAGGGUCACGAUGGCAGCUGGGGCUCCUGGUCAAAGUUCGGCUCCUGCUCCAGAACUUGUGGAGGUGGAGUUCGCUCACGCAGCAGACAGUGCAACAACCCUCCGCCUGCGUAUGGAGGCCGAGACUGCCCUGGCUCUACUUUUGACUACCAGAUGUGCAACACUGAGGAGUGUGCUGGGCCAUACGAGGACUUUCGUGCACAGCAGUGCAUCCAGAGGAGCAACAAAUACCACAAAAACAUCAAGCACACAUGGCUACCAUAUGAGCACCCAGAUGAGAGUCGCAAGUGUGAGCUGAGCUGUAAGUCCAAGGAAACAGGAGAGAUAGUGUUCAUGAACCAGGUUAUGCACGACGGGACGCAUUGCAGCUACUCAGAGCCCUUCAGUGUAUGUGCCCGAGGAGAGUGUCUGCAUGUUGGCUGUGACAAGGAAGUCGGCUCUUACAAACAGGAAGACAAAUGUGGCGUGUGUGAGGGUGACAACUCACACUGUCGCACUGUGAAGCUGACACUCACCAAGACACCCAAAAAGAAUGGAAUGCUGAAAAUGUUCGACAUCCCAAUAGGAGCUCGGCACAUUGUUAUUGAAGAGAAUGAUACAUCGCCUCAUAUAAUUGCUGUGAAGAAUCAAGUAACUGGGAACUUCAUACUGAAUGCAAAAAGUGAAGACGCUGAAUCAAAGACAUUCAUCGAAAAUGGCUUACAGUGGGAGUAUUCCAUUGAUGGUGAGAAGGAGACCCUUAAAACAUCUGGUCCUCUGCAUGAAGGCAUUAUAGUUCUGGUCUUUCCGCAGGCGGAAGAUACAAAAAUGAGCUUGACGUAUAAAUAUAUCAUUCAUGAGGACCUGUUGCCCCUUAUUACCAACAACAAUGUCCUUCUCGCUGAACUGGAUACGUAUGAGUGGGCACUGAAGAGCUGGUCUCAGUGCUCCAAACAUUGUGGUGGAGGCAUACAGUACACAAAAUAUGGCUGUCGGAGAAAGAGCGACAGUCGCUUGGUGCAUCGAAACUUUUGUGACACCAGCAAAAAGCCCAAACCUAUUCGCAAACGCUGCAAUGUGCAAGAGUGCAGCCAGCCGCUGUGGGCGGUGGAGGAGUGGAGUCCCUGCAGUAAGACGUGUGGGAAGCUCAGCUACCAGACAAGGGUGGUACAGUGCACGCAGGAGCUCCACAAUGGCACCAGCAGGCCUGUCCACAGCAAACACUGCACCCAGAACCGUCCAGAGAUGAGGAGAACCUGUAACUAUACCACCUGCCCAGCCCAGUGGAGGACAGGCGCAUGGUCACAAUGCUCUGUGACCUGUGGCGAGGGAAUCCAACAAAGGCAGGUGGUUUGCAAGGCCAGCGACAACACCAUUGGCGAAUGUGAGGGGGAAAAGCCAGAAACAAUCCUCAUUUGCAAACUCAGUUAUUGUCCAGGACAGCCCGUGUCUUCUCUCAGUGUUGAGACGAUUGUAAACUCCUCUCUAAAAGAUCACCAAAGGGUUUCUGACGACACUGUCCACAAAAUAUCUUCAAACGAGCCAUGUCUCGGUGAUAAAUCGAUUUUCUGUCAAAUGGAGGUCCUGGCUCGUUAUUGUUCCAUUCCUGGAUAUAAUAAGCUUUGCUGUGAGUCUUGCAACAAGAAGCAGAACCUUGCCACUCAUGUUCCAGACAUACAAAACACUCCAGUGGUCUCGGCUGAACCAGAGCCCUCAUUUCCAUCUCAACCUCCAUCAUCCAAAGCUCCUCUACCCGCCACCACACAGAAUCCACUUCAAACCACUGAACCCAUGAGCAGACGGCCGUGGUCCACUGCCCCAGCGCCAACCACUGCCACCGCUGCUAAAUCCUCAUCAUCCACAGGUGCUGCUCUGCCCCAGGUUCCCACCAGCAACUCCUUACUCAUAGCUGGGAAGGGAGACUCAGACCCGGGGCCUCUUCUACCUCCAGAGCCACCGCGGCCGACAGUAGAGUCCAAAACGGGUGCCUCGAAAGAACACAGUCCAAACAGCACUUUAGGCCCAGUCACUGCCAAGUCAAGAAGGGACGAUUUAGGAUCCGACAGGGACUUCAGUCACAGUACCCUGUCAGCUCAGAAAUAGCAAACUGAGCGAUGUUGUGAACAUGCUGCUCAGUGACACGGUCGAACACAUCAACUCAGCAUCUAAUGGACUUGCUGCAAAUAUUUUUUCCUUUCUUUUCUAUUUUUGUUUUUUGUCCAUGCCAGUGAACUGACCAGUGAUGGUUACCUCAUCAGAUCUCCAGAGCGACCUGCGCGUGGUGCCGCGCGGCACCGCCCGCAGGUCGCGCUGCCCUCUGCGCUCGAAGAAAUGAAACGGGAGCAAGAAGAAAAAGGUUGUCAAAACGAAGGUGCUGUAAACUAACCAACGACUACAAGACAUGUUUCAAAAUGUGAUGACUGCAUUGCUACGUUCAUGUUUUUAUCUGUGUACAGUAGUGUAAGCAUGUUUUUUUUUCCAAGUGCAUUAGAACUACUAUUGAACUGCUAUUGUGAAAAUGACGUGAAGUCAAAGGCCAUGGGUUUUAGAAGGUGCAGUGCCAUCUGUGGAGUCUGUAGUGUGCCACUAAAAUAUAUAUAGAGCAUCCAUCCAUCCAUCUUCUACCGCUGUAUCUUCCACAUAAGGGGGGGGCUGUG